GAGACUCAGAGGAUGCGCUCUACUCGUGCUCGGGGAGUGUCCCUCUGUGCCACACACACAUUUGGUUUAGCGGAGCUCCUGUGAAGGGGAAAUCCAUUGGAUACUGCUGUGUGGAAACAUAUGUGUGAUGCCUAAACUAUAAUUUCUUCAGUGUUCAAUGAGGACAAAGCCAUGACCAUUUUAAUCGACUCAUUGUAAUUUUCGACUUUUGCUUUCCUGGUGAAAGGCAGACAAAGCUGUUCUGAUACCAAGCUUUUCUUGCGGGUGUUGUAGAUAGGAUGUAUUUUCCGUGGGCUUUCGCACACUGUCCCCUCGCAGUGCUCCUGUGGACUGCACCCGUCCUGCUGGGGACCGGACACCGGGUCUCCGCGCUUCGGAGCUGCGCUGACACCCGGCAGGUGUACGCAGAGAAGGGCUACAGCACUGGCAGCGCUCCGGUCUCCCAAAUCUCCGGUGAGCACCUACGACUGUGCCCUCAGGACUACACCUGCUGCUCUAGUCACAUGGAGGAGACCCUCGCACUUCAAAGUGAGAGGGACUUCCUUAAAGCAGUGGAAGAUGGCAGCCAGUUCCUGCUGACUACCUUCACACAGAGGCACCGCAGGUUUGAUGAGUUUUUCCGAGAGCUUAUAGACCUGUCGGAGAAGUCAAUGAACCAGAUGUUUACCAAGACGUACGGGAGGCUCUUCACCCAGAACUCGCACGUUUUCCAGGAGCUGUUUGUGGAGCUGCGUAGUUAUUAUUCAGGGGGCAGUGUGAGUCUCUCUGAGGUCCUGUCGGACUUCUGGGCUCGUCUGGUGGAAAGGGUCUUCUCUCUGGUCAAUCCUCAGUAUCAUUUCACUGAGGACUACUUGGAGUGUGUUAGCAAACAUGCUGAACAACUGCAGCCUUUUGGAGAUGUGCCACGCAAGCUACGCAUCCAAAUUUCAAGAGCUUUUAUUGCAGCUAGAGCACUCUCACAAGGCUUGGCAACAGGUCGGGAUAUUGUCAACAAAGCAACAAAAUUAACAGCAGAUCCAGAGUGUGUACGUGGUCUGAUGCGCCAGUGGUAUUGCCCCCUGUGCCGUGGAAUGACCACACUACGGCCUUGCCACUCUCUGUGCCUGAACGUGAUGAAAGGCUGCCUGGCCAAUCAGGCUGACCUAGGCACCGAAUGGAACAACUUUAUAGAUACUUUGUACCAGGUUGCUGAGAAGUUGGAGGGGCCAUUUAACAUAGAGCUUGCAGCUGACUCGAUCUCCAUAAAGGUUUCUGAAGCCAUCAUGCACAUGCAAGAGAACAGUGUGAGCAUCUCAAGCAAGGUAUUCCAGGGUUGUGGGAACCCUCGUCCAGCACGUUCCAAACGAUCACCCAAAGACUCAGAAGGAAACCGGAGACCCUUCAGGACCUACACUCCCGAAGAGAAACCCACAACUGCUGCAGGCACUAAUCUGGACCGACUGGUCACUGAGCUGAAGGAGCGGCUCCGUCCUAUGCAGGGCUUCUGGGUGUCCCUCCCACACACCAUCUGCAGCGAGGAGAAGAUGGCUGCCGACGUCACCAACGAGGACCGCUGCUGGAACGGGCAGACGCGGGGGAGGUACUUACCAGAUGUCACUGGGGAUGGCCUAAUCAAUCAGAUCAAUAACCCUGAGGUGCAAGUGGACACGAGCCGGCCAGAUGUCCGGACAAGACAGCUGAUUAUGGAGUUGCGGAUGGCCUCGAAUAAACUCAAACAUGCUCUGACAGGACAGGAUAUGGACUUUGUGGACAGCGAGGGUGAGGAGGGCAGCAGCUCUGGAGGUGGAGAGCACAUUGAAAGGUACAAUGACGACUGGCCAGGCUACGGACCACACUCUCCAUCCUUCAACAAACCCCCGCACAACUCUAACCCAGUGAAGCCCUCUCGGAACCGCGACAGAAACGGCCCCAAGUGGAACAAAAGUGGGCACGGCAGAGCCAAAUCGGCGUCCAGUCUGCCCACCCUCUCCGCGCUUCCUUUGUGUCUGCCUUUUAUGCUCAAUAUCGCCCCCAUAUGGAGAUAGUUGGUCAUUACGUCCCAGAGAUUGUAUACUAUGCUGCAGUGUCAUAGCGCAACGUAAAGAAUUCAUUACAUUUGGGCACACCAGCAAAACAUAAGUUGUUCCAGCAAAACAGAAUAAUUCUGAGAAAAAUAUAACUACAUUUUAUAAGGAAGCAUACAUUUUUUUUAAAGAAAUACAAGCACAAUUUGUAAAAAUAAUCAGUCAAAAUUUGUAUAUGAUGUAGGAAUGACUACUAAUUGAAAGUUUAUCGGACUGUAAUUCGACACAACACUUGGAACUCUUUAUUUUUGUUGUAAUGCAAACCCAAUGGACAUUUUGGACAAUACCCAAAGCUAUUUGAAUGUUUUAAUUUAUAAGUUUUGUGUUGUUUUGUAAUCAAAUGUCUUGCUGUUGCUCUUUUAUAAAUACUUGUCUUUUUUUGUAAAAUCUAAAUUGUUGCAUCGCAAAAUACUGACUACAUUUUCUGUAGUGUGUACUUUUUGUAUGGUUGUUUUAUACUGUCUUGGCACCAGCUGUGGUGUUGAAGUGCGUUUUUACAAAAGUCCUUUUUAAAAUAUUUUUAAAGCAAAAGUGAGUUGAGCGUGGGAUACAUUGAAUGUUUAAAAGAAGACAAAACUGUGCUUAAAUCCUAUCACAAAGGCUGUCUUGACACAAAAGUAGGUCAUGAUGGUUAGGUAGUCUAUUAAAUUUUAAAAGACUAUUUGCGAAAUGUAAGGAAUGAUGAAAAACUAUGGAAAUGAGUACACUUUGGCGCCUUUCGUACAAUAAUGAAAAAAGUCCUUUUCAAUAUCUGUUUUUCAUGCAAGGCUUAAAAAUGUCUGUAUGCCAACAUCUUUUGGGGUAAUGAAAUUGUAUGCACGUGUGAUGUAUUACAUUUGUUCUAACAGCAUUUUGUGACUUAUCUCUUACAAAUUAACUGGAUUUUGGCUAAAGGUUUGGUCAGCACACUGGAUGUAAAGCACAGCACUUUGUAUGUUGUAAUAGUUUUGGUAUGAAUGUGAAUGUCAUUCUCUUAUUAAAUGUUUUCAGACAACCAAA